AUGAAAAACCGCAUGAAGGGUGCACAAAAAGGUCAUCGUCUCUUGAAGAAAAAAUCAGAUGCACUAACCAUUCGGUUUCGUGCGAUUCUGAAGAAAAUCAUCGAGGCCAAACAAGCAAUGGGUGAAGUCAUGAAGGAAGCAACAUUUUCCCUGGCCAGUGUGAAGUUCACUACUGCUGCCAAUAUAAAUAGUCUGGUGUUGCAAAAUGUUACCAAAGCUCAGAGAAAAGUGAAAACCGCAAAAGAAAACGUGGCUGGUGUCCAUCUUCCUGUUUUUAAAACAUAUACGGAGGGAACCGACACUUAUGAACUUACGGGUCUUGCUGGUGGUGGUCAGCAAAUCGAUAGACUGAAAAAAAAUUACAUCAAAGCGGUUGAACUUUUGGUCGAACUGGCCUCACUUCAAACAUCCUUCAUUACACUGGAUGAGGUAAUCAAAUCCACAAAUCGCCGAGUGAAUGCUAUUGAAUAUGUGAUCAUUCCCAGGAUUGAUCGCACUUUGCAAUACAUUACCCAAGAGUUAGAUGAACGUGAACGAGAAGAAUUUUUCCGGUUGAAAAAAGUGCAAGAAAAGAAGAAGAAAAAUAGCGAUCGAAAAGCAGCCGAAUUAAAAGCCAAAGGGUUUGUUCUAGCCUCGGCCGAAGAAGCUCCAAACAUUCUAAACUCCAACCCAGAUGAAGAUCAAAUUUUGUUCUGA